AUUUGAAUUAGGAACACAUUGCUGCCUGCAGAGGGCAGUCAUAACAUAUCUAGACAUUCAAAACCAGAAGCUCUACCUGGAAUAGAACACUAGUGGAUAAACUGCUGAUCCCCAAAACAGAUAAUCCUGUUGCUUCAGAUAGUGAAGCAGAGAGAUCCCCAGCUGGCUGAGAGAUGGCACAGCAUCCACCAGACGAAGAGAAGUAGACUGGAUCCUGGGCUACUGCUGUUAAAAACAGGCUGCAGGACUCAUUUAGAACUUUAUUGUAAAAACAUGCCCAGUCUUCCCCAAGACAACCAAGAGUGCCUCCAGGAACAUUUCUCUAGGCCAUCUAUGUGGAAGCAAUUUCUGCCCCUGCGUAGGGCAGAGGGAUAUAAAGCAAACAUUCACCAAACCAUGGAAAAUGAAGGUAGCACCAAGGCUGUGCAUGAUGUCAAGUAUUUUCCACCUGCACAGCUCCCAGACUCGCCCGCUGCCCCGAAGCCGCUCAGCCUCCUGUCUGGCACGCUCUCUGGCCUCGCGCGAUUCUUCUCUCACCUUCUCCGGCGACCCCCUUCUGGGACUCCCCAGCGGCGCCCGGACUUCUCCCUCCUGCUUUCCGUUCGCUCUCUGCCAGCGGCUAGGCUCUCGCGGGGCCACGGGGAGCGGCCAGGCCGCCUCUCGCUCCUGCUGGGGGCAGCUCUGGCCCUGCCCAGCCGACCCCCGGGGGGCCGCGCGCCCAGGGAAGAGGACGCCUGCGCGGGGCAGAGCUCGCCCGUGCCCCCCAUGGGAUCUGAGCGGCCAGAGAUGCGGAAACGGCAGAUGCCUGCAGCCCAGGAGACCGCCGGCUCCACGCCAGGCCAGCCCGGAGCAGGGGAGCGCGGGGCCAACGCCUGCUGCUUCUGCUGGUGCUGCUGCUGCAGCUGUUCCUGUCUUACUGUUAGAAACCAAGAACAGAGACCCAGGAGGCCCUCCCAUGAACUCAGAGAAGAAGACCUUCCAUCCUGUGAAGAAAGCCCAAGUCCCACUCUGGAGGAAGUCAACGCCUGGUCUCAGUCAUUUGACAAGGUAAUGCUCACUCCAGCGGGAAGGAAUGCUUUCCGGGAAUUCCUCCGAACAGAAUUUAGUGAAGAAAAUAUGCUUUUCUGGAUGGCGUGUGAGGAAUUGAAAAAAGAAGCUAAUAAAACCAUCAUUGAGGAAAAAGCAAGGACCAUCUAUGAAGACUAUAUUUCUAUUCUUUCUCCUAAAGAGGUCAGCUUGGAUUCCAGAGUAAGAGAAGUCAUCAACAGGAACAUGGUAGAGCCAUCCCAACACAUAUUUGAUGACGCCCAACUUCAGAUCUACACUUUAAUGCACAGAGACUCAUAUCCCCGAUUCAUGAACUCUGCCCUCUAUAAAGAUUUGCUUCAGUCCUUAUCUGAGAAAUCAGCUGAAGCCUAGAUGUUAUCAAAUAUAUUUAUUAAUAAAACAAUAAAAGAACUGAUGGACUAUGUGUAGUACAGGGAACUUAGAGGUAGGAGUAUACUUGGCUAUUACUUGGGCUAUUUUUUAACAACAGAUGCUUCCUUUUAGAGAAAGCUACAUAUUCACAACGUAAACUGCAGCCACUUUUCGUGAUACUUUUGGGGGGUAAAAAUGGAGUACUGUCUUAGAAAAAGAUAUUUACAUUUACAGUAACAGCAGCGUGUUGUCAAUGGAAGGAUACCCUAGAAGACUCUCUACUGCCUGGGGCAUCUGCGUCCACUGGAGCCAACAGGACUGCUUUUGUUUCCCAUGAAUGUAGUAUCCGAUGAUUCUCCUCCCAAAGAAAAGGCAUUCAAGUGUUUCUUAGCCACUCCUUCCUUCCAUCCAGCUAUUUUGAAUAUUUGCUUAUUGGUGCCAUCGUAGGACCCAAAUUCCCAUUUUAUAAAGACGUGUCCCCCCUACUUAUAAAAAUGGUAUUCCACUUUAUCUUAGACUCUGUGUAUGUAGAUACAUAUAGGUGCAUGUGUAUCUAUAAUGGUUCAUGUACUGUGCUCUUAAGUGGAUCGGUUUCACCUGUUUGGCAAGAGAAGUAGUGUUUAGAAAAUUCUUUCGUUGAAAAGUUACCUUUAUUAUCAGAAUCUGCCAACCUAAAGAAUGAAUGUUCAUAACAGAACCUUCAAAUAAGCAUAUUUUCAUUUUGAUUAUUCAAAGAAAUAUGGCAUUUUCACUGACAUAAUAAAGCACAAGAGUUUUAUCUCCA